CACACCAUCUCCACCAUCCUCCGCAACCACGCAAACAGCUCCGAAGGCUGCAGCCAUGUCCAAUGGCGGAACCCUUGCCCUGGAUAUCGUCAUCGACAUACUCUCUCGACUACCCGUCAAAUCCCUUUGCCGAUUCAAGUCUGUUUCUCCCUCAUGGAAUUCCCUAAUCUCCGACCCCUAUUUCGCAAAAGCCCACCUCAAUCGAGCCAAGACCCAAAACCCCAAAAAUCUUGAUCAGAAACUCAUUAUCAUUUCCACCCAUCACAAUCUCUAUUCGGUAGAUUUCGCGGACGUAAACCCGACGAUCAAAACACUGGCUGAUUUUUCUUCGGUCAGAAUUAGGGUUCUGAGUUCCUGCGAUGGUUUGCUUCUAGUUUCCCUUGUGGAUAAUUCCAACUUCUUGUGGAAUCCAUCCACUAGAGAGUAUAAGGUACUGGCCACAUGUCCUUCUGCACUCGGUCCAGUUCGUGGUGUCUUCCGUGAUGUUUAUGGCGUUGGUUACGAUUCAUCUACUGAUGAUUACAAGGUUUUGAAAAUUGUUUACAAUGAAACUGAAACUUAUUCUCCUACCGAGCGUGGUAUUACCAUUGGGGCUAUUUAUUCACUGAAAACUAAUGCUUGGAGGAAAAUUCAAGAUACCAUCGAUUAUGUCCCUUGUUGGACAACCUCUUGUGGGUUUUUCUUUAGUGGGUGUCUUCAUUUCCUUUGUUGGAAAAGGACUGGUUCCUUUGUGAUUGUUGCUUUCAAUUUGUCGGAUGAGAUUUUCAGGGAAGUGCUGCUGCCUGCUUCGUUUUGCGGAUUGGAGAUAUUGGAUUAUCGUGUGGCAGUUGUCGGGGGUUGUCUCUGUUUGGCUGAUCUGGGGGAGAGUUAUGUAAUUGAGACUACUGGUGGUUGGAUGAUGAAGGAGUAUGGGGUAAGAGAGUCUUGGACCAAAUUUCCGAUUGAUGUGCCUAAGAGGUAUGCAGUGGAAUUGUUGUGUUUGCCAAGGGAAGAUGAAUAUUUGUUGAAAACAAGGAAAAAGAUACAUGAUAGAUCGUAUGGAGAUAAACUGGUUGUGUACAAUUUUAAAAAUGGAACAUUGGGCGACGUGGUGGUUCAUGGCUCUCCCACUGGAUUUACGUUUGGAAGCACCUAUGUCGAGAGCCUAGUCUCUCCUUAUUAUAGAGGAGAGAUUGGGAGGCAAUGAAUGAGAAGCUUCUUCAGGAACUCGUUCCGAAGGCGGCAGUCAUGUCCAACGACGAGAUCCUUCCCCAAGAGAUCCUCACCGACAUACUCUCUCGACUACCCGUCAAAUCCCUUUUCCGAUUCAAGUCUGUUUCUCCCUCCUGGAAUUCCCUAAUCUCCGGCUCCGAAUUUGUCAAAACCCACCUCAAUCGAACCAAGAAGACCAACUAUGCCGAG